AUGGCCAACAGCACAGCAUGGUCCCAAAAAGGGCUGGAGACCUGGUUCUCCUCUGUGUGUGACGAUGGCCAGCAAGCCUGGCAGGUCGUACGGGACGAAGGAGACGCCUACAUCAUUCUUGAAGAUGAAGGGUGGCUCCAGCUUGACUUGAAGGGCCAAGACUUGCCAGCUGAGUGGCAGGAACGGUGCCCAGAUGACGGACAGACGCACUGGCUCUAUUACAAUAGGUCGCCAGUUCGGAAGGCCGUGCAGUUGGAGACCAGCGGCACGUGUAUGGACCCCAACACAGAGGAGAUCAGGUCCUUCAGGCCAGGUGACAUGAUGGUGCGGGCUGGCGAGAACAACUUGUAUUCGAUGACCUGUGCGGUUUUCGAUGAGCGCUACGGUGUUAUAGGCGACGAAGAGGCUUACGAUAAAUACAUCCAUGAGCUGCAGGAGGCUAGGAAGGAAGCCAUGAAGCGUUACGCUGCCAUUGUGCCGAAGCAGAAGAGCAAGCUGGCUCGUGCAUCGGCGGUCCAACGUGACCUGGAGUUGGAGGACCAGGAGGAUACACUCGUGGCGGUUAAAAAGGUCCUGGGCGAGCGCCUGGUUCCAGCGGCUGCGCCGCGGCUCUUGGCGGCUGUUGCCGGCCUCAGGCUGUCAAUAGGAGUGGAUGCGACACCAUCCGACAUGAUCGCGGCUGUUGAAGCUGCCGUUCGCGAGAGCGCACGUGCCGUGCCUCCGAAAGGUACCUUGGCGGCGCUUCCACCUUUGUGCGCACGCCAGGUCUUGACCCGCAUCUCGCUACUCUUUGCCGCUUUGGUCAGCCAUUUGGUGACCAACGAAG